AUGAGCGACUUUAUAAACACUUACAUGCAAAAUGUUUUGACUAACUCGGAAGCGGCAUCUUUCCUGCAAGUCGCACGCUCGCAGUUACUGACACGUCCGUUAACGUUGUUUUAUGCUAUGCGAUUAUUAGAGUAUGCCCCGGAACGUAGAGACCUAAUCAUUCAUGUUGUAGACGCGAAUGUCUUAGAAGAGUCAAGCUUAAUGGGGUGGAGUGUCUUGCUAGAUUUAAUCGAUGUAUCGUCAGUCAUAAUUGUAAUGAUUGGGCCGACAUUAAAGUUACAAUCCCCCUUGUCACGCGAUUUUGAUGGGUUGCGGCGGAAAAAAUAUCUGUUAGAGUUUCAUCCUGUGUUGUAUGAGGAGUACGUACGCAGCCCGUCAUUCGUCAAGCCGGAUCUGGUUGUAGGAUUUAACGCGUAUAUUCUGUAUGAACUUGACUCCCCUAAAGAAACGUGGGCGCCGGCCAUACGGCUGAUAGCGAAACAGAAUUGUCCAUUCGUUUUAACGUGUUACGAGCGACGGUAUUUAAAGUACAAGGCUGAUAGGAUAAACACCAUCCUGGACAGGGAGAUAGACUAUCUGUACAGCGGAGAGAAUCCAUUCGCAAGUUUGAAGCCGAACAGAUGUCUCAAGGUACAGAAGGUACAGAAGGUGUGUUAUCAGAAUCAGUGUAUACUUGUUUACAGGAGUCUCUGUCCAUAA